AGAUCAAGAAAAUAUGAGCAUGAAUGCUCCAACAAGUCUGGCCGGAAGAGAACAGAGAAAAAAAACCCCCAGACUUCCUGCUUCGACAAAGUGCAGUACGUACUCCGUUACUUCGUUUUCUGUGAAGAACUGAGGUCGCUUUUGAGGUUUGGUGCUUCCUAUUACUGUGCUGUGUUCUGCUGCAGCCGGCAUAAGAACACCAGACUGUCCGACGCCCAGGACAGGUCUCCUCUGUGAAGCGACCACCUUAAUACAGAUAUCACCUUGUCUUUCCACAAUGAUUUCCUGUCCCGCCAACCAGACGGCGCCCCUCGCCAGUCCCUCCACGACCCACGCAGCCAACCUGACGUUCCUCAACGUUUUCACCAUUUGCCUCCAUGGCCUGGUGUCCACCAUCGGCAUCGUGGAGAACCUCCUCAUCGUCGGCGUCGUGGGAUUCCACGUGCGCCGCUCCGUCAUCAGCGUCUGGAUCCUGAACCUGGCCGCCUCCGACCUGCUGGCCACGGCGUCCCUUCCCUUCUUCACCCUCUACAUGGCCCGGGGCAGCACGUGGACGCUGGGGACCACCUUCUGCCGCCUUCACUCCUCCGUCUUCUUCCUCAACAUGUUCGUCAGCGGCUUCCUGCUGGCGGCCGUGUCGCUGGAUCGCUGCCUCGUGGUGCUGAGACCCGUCUGGGCCCAGAACUACCGCGACAUCCAGCUCGUGAGGAGGAUUUGCGCGGCGAUUUGGAUCUUGGCCGUGGUCUGCACGGUCCCGUUCUACCUGUUCCGUGACACCCUUUCCCUCCCCGACGGCAGGAUCCUCUGUUACUACAACUACGCUCGAUUCCCCCCGAGUGGGCACCGCGACCUGAACGCUCUGUGUGAUCAACGCAAGCAGGGUUUGGCGUUCAUGAAGCUCUUGCUCGCCUUCGUGAUCCCUCUGCUCGUCAUCGUCUUCAGCUACGGCGCCGUGAACGCCAGGCUGGCGCGCAGAGGCUGCAGGCGACCGUACCGCUUCGUCCGGUUGGUGGUGGCGGUGGUGGUGAGCUUCGUGCUCUGCUGGGCCCCGUACCACGUGUUCAUCGUCAUGGAGGCGCUGGCCCCGGACGGGCACGCCGUGCGGGCGUUCGUGCUCAAAGCCCUCCCCGUGUCGGCGACCGUCGGCUUCUUGAACAGCGUCCUCAACCCCGUCCUGUACGUCUUCAGCUGCCCCGACCUGUGCAGCAAGAUCAGACACUCGCUGGGCGCGGUGAUGGAGAGCGUGCUGGUGGAGGACCUGGCGGAGCUGGCGCGGCGCCGCAGCACGGUCCGCGGCUCCGUCAGCGCCAAUGAGAUCGUUCUGAAGCAAAAGAACUCUCUCGUAACUGCAACUCCGAAAACAGAGGUGGAAAGUCUGAGUGACAAGGUUGAGGAUUGAAG